AUGUCGCUCGCAGCGGGUGCUGCGGCUCUCACGCCUCCGCUACAGACUCGCAGCGAUUCUGGCUUCGUCCUCCUCACCACCCAGACGUCGCCCACCGCGCUCUCCUCCCCACAUCGCUCAACGCACCUUCCCCUUCCUCGACCGCGCUUCCUGCCGCUUCUGCAGCUUACAGCGAUCCUCGACUUCGCUGUGACGCUCUGGCUCGGCCUGCGAGUGGGCCUGGCGAGGUUGCCCGUUUCCGCUGUCGUCCUGAACUCGGCGCGGCCUGUCGCGGUAGUAGCGGUCGCAUCGUCGCGCAACGUGCGGGAGUAUGGACCAGUGAUCAUCGGACAAGUCAUGGUCUCCGCCCUCGUCCUCCUCUUCCGGCUUAACGAGGUCGUCCAGACGAGCAACACAAUCGCCUCACCAAAGCUACCAGCGACUCGUAAUUACGCCGAGACCGCAACGUCUCCAACCUUCUUCCAUCGACUGUUUAACCCCGUCACUGUCUGGUACCUCUCCUCCUUCGCCUUCUCCCUCCUUCACUACGCCCUCUUCGUCAUCUUCGUCGGCAUCCGACGACGACGGAAUCCUCUCGCAGGCAGGAUGAGACGGUCGUCGACGUGGGGUGAGCAACGGUGGGAAGGGAGGGAGGAAAGUGUCGCGGCAGGAUCUGAGGCGGGAGAGUCGCGUGGCAGCGAGCGCGAGAGGCUGCUCAGCGCGGAAGAGGAAGAUCUUGAAACGGCCUACGGAGAAGCGAGUGGAGGAGACGACUCGUCCGAGUUGGGCGCUUCAAGCGACGACGAAGACGACAUCAUCGACGUGCCGAAGCGGGGCGGCGAGCUGCGGAACCGAGCGAGCAGGGCGAGUCUACUGAGUGCGAGGAAUGCAGGUGGGAACGCAGCGGAAGUGAGGGCAAGGGUCGCGAGCGGGCCAGGUCUGCGGGCGAGCAGGAAUUAUGGCUCGAUCAACUCGCUGGCCGGAAUUUGA